GCCAAUGAGAAGAGUUAAAAAAAAAACUGAUUAUGCCCAACCAAUCGUUGGAUGAAGUGCCGACAGCCUUCAGUCUUAGCCACGCCCGGCGUGCUUGCUGGGGCGCGCCCGUAUACCAAUGUCGUCUCCUAUUUGCUACGGAAAUCACGUGAGGCGGUUCGAUCCCUGUCAACGUUUGUUAUUGUUGUCGGCGUCGUGGGAGGUCACGUGACUGGGGAGGCAUCAGGCCGCGGCUUUCUCCGGAACACGUGACGGCGCCGUUGCCGGUGACGUUGAUUUAAUCGACUGUCAGCCCCCGGACCGGAGAGCGUCGCGGUCAUACUUGCAGCGAUGCAGAUCGGGUGGAAAGUGUUUGUCGCCCUCGUGUUGUCCUUCAAAGCUGCGGGGUAGAGACAGUCCUGCGAACCUUGCUGUAUCAUGAGUUGUAGCUGAUCCUUAGAGGGUUGCACUCCAUAGUCAUAUUUCAGAAUUCUGUAAUCUUCUCUGUAACCUUUUCUGAGGUCAUGGCUGUACACAACUGAUUUCUAUAUAUAUAUAUAUAUAUAUAUAUAUAUAAAUUGGGGGGGGCGCAAUGGCCGAACCCCGUCGCAUGCAGUUGACUUGUCUGCCACCUGAGAAUCCCCAUAACUCAUCUGCUGUAAAAAGACAAAGAAGUGAAGAGCAGGAGUCAGAGACGUCAGUGGCUGCCACUGUCCGCAUCUCGCUCACCCUGUUUGAGCCUGAUCAGAAACGAUGCCCUGAAUUCUGUUACCCCGAACUGCUAAGAAAUCUUCGGGGGGAUGGCAAGAAAGGCUUGCAUGGGGACAAGAGUCAGAAGAAGGUUGUGAGCGUGAUCAGUGAAGAAGAAGCAGAGAAGAAAGAGGUUGCAAACAUUGCCAAGAGGUUUGAGGAAAAAUAUGGAAACAAAAAGAGGCGCAGGGAUCGCAAGCAGGACCUUAUCGAUAUGGGGUAUGGGUAUGACGAGUCGGACUCUUUUAUAGACAACUCGGAGGCGUAUGAUGAGCUAGUACCUGCCUCACUGACAACCAAGCAUGGAGGGUUUUACAUUAACUCAGGAACUCUGCAGUUCAGACAAGCAUCUGAGUCAGAAGAUGAAGUCGUCAAGGAAAAGAAGAAGAAGAAAUCACCCAAGAAAAUGAAGGAUAGGGGUGAAAAAGUGAAGAAAAAGAAAAGGGCAGAGGAGAAGAAAUGCAAAAAAAAUAAACAUCCAAAGCCAGGAUUCACAGCUUUAAAUGGUACAAAAGAUAAGAAGAAAAAGAAGCACUCUGCGAUUUUUAAGAUGUUGGCGAGAUUUGAGCAAGAGAAAAAUGCCCAAAAAAACAUUAUCACUCCACCGUCCCCGACUCCCACUCUCAAACCCUCCAGCAUUAGCCAGCAGCCUAUUCUAUCGCAGCCAACUCCACAAGAGGCUGAGCCGGCCCCCGAUGCUGCUGUGUCGACUCACGUGUCUGAGCUACUUAAAGCUGUCAGUGCCAUAGACUCUGUAAGAGAGAAACAGAUGGAGAAUAUACACAAUGGGCCACCCGAGAAAAAGCAUGGAGUCCAAGGUGGGAGCACAUCAGAGGAGGCCAUUAAAACACCUGCAUCUCUUCCAGAUGGAUUACCUCAUGCCCUAGAGAAAAGGAUCAAGGAGCUUACAAAGGCUGUAAAAGCAUCAGAGGGUGAAAAAAAAGGUUUGCUAUUCUCCCAGGAGAUGAACAGCGCUCUGCUUGACAUAUACAUAUUAUCACGGGAACUGAGCUCCUCUCUUCGUUUGGCAGUCUUCACACAUCUGGCAUCAGUCCUACCUUGUGGCAAAGACACUCUGGUAAAAUGGGCCACGCGCCUGUACUUGCAAAAGCAGGGGGGUCGGUUACGAGAGCCUUUGAGGAAACUGAAAGAAGCCGUGGCACGGACCAUGCCAGAGCAAAUCACAAAGUACCACGAAGAGUGCAAAGUGUACAACCAAGCAAAAUAUGCCAAGUUACUAGAAGAGGACAAGGAGAAAGAACAGAAGGCAGGCUCAGAAGAAGAGGAGGAAGGAGAAAAAGGUGGACGGAAAUCUUCAGGGCCCCGCAAGAAGUUCCAGUGGACUGAUGAACUCAGGCAGCUGCUGAGCCAGCUGGUGCGUAUGAAGGUGGAUAUGUUUGAGGAAGAGGAAAAUGACAUGCCAAGUCUAGAGGAUUAUCUCAAAUCCUUCCUGGAUGGAGAAGUCAAACCACUGUGGCCCCGAGGCUGGAUGCAGGCCAGAACACUGUUUAAGGAGACCAGGCGUAUGUAUCCACAGCUCAGUUCCAUUCUGGCGAAGAACAGGGCAAUGACUGCACAGAAAGUCAAAAUAAAGGACUCUGGUAACAAGCAUGAAAAGAAACCAGCUUCGCCCCCUAAAGAGGCAGCAGCAGAUACAGUAGCAACAUCUGUUUCAUCCAAGGACUCUGUUCCUUCCUCCAUCCCACUUUCAGUUGUAGCAUCCCCCCUCCCUAGCUACACCCAGGACAAUUCCCUUGAUGGAGAUCUCAUCCACAACCCUCCGUCACUUGAUACUAUUUCAGAGCACUUAAACGCUCUUUCCAGUCGGCCAGCUGGCCUUGACUUUCCUAGCCCCCGAAUGUGCCUGCCAGAGAAGACCACUAUCAUAGAGGAGAAGAAAAAGUCAAGUCCUCCCAAUAGUGUACAGUUACCAAGAGGGGCUUCAACUGACCAGUCUGUUACAUCAGAGAAGAAAGUUGUGGUUCCCAUUCACACUGCAAAGCCAUCUUCUGAGGUUCAGCAAGGGAAGCAGAAGCCUCAUCUUAAUGCACAAGUCAAACCUUUCCCGAUAGCCAGAGCAUCCAUGCAACCUUCAGUGAAGCUUUACCAGAUAAGCAACCAACAUAGCAAGGUUAAUUUGGUGCACACAAUCCAGAGUCCUAGGGGUACAGUUCUGUCACCUCCGCAGCGACCAUUUACUCAACCUGCAAGACCCCAGGGAUAUCACCCUUCAUCUCCUUCAAACAACCUUAUCAGGCCUGUUGCACCUCUAGGCUCUGUAGGGAAGCACCCUGGAAAUACCGUUACAACAGUACAGCAGGUGUAUAAGUCACCAGUACCAAGAAACCCUGUUCCUGCCAACAGUAGCUCAGGAAGUUCAGGUAUGCAGAAUUCAAGUGCAAAUUCCUCACUUAAUCCAUCUCCUUCAAACCCCACUCGUAAUUCCAGCACUGUCCCCGCUAAAAAAACACCUUACCCUCCUCAAAAGCUGACACUUAUGGCACCUCAAGACUCGGGGGUUGGGACACAAGGCGUUGCUAAGCUGCUGACAUCUUCCAUGGUGACAGGAGUGGGAACCAACACAUCAGCAUCACCCACCAUCACUUCCCCAAAAUGCAGCCCUGUCUCCGCAAUCCUUACUUCGACGCCAUCGCUGACUGUGCUGACUCCUGCUUACAAACCAAAUGGAGGCAAGCUCCCAGGUGCUACCCAACUGAGUCUCUUGUCUCCCAUCCCCGCCUUCCCUCUCCACGUCAUUUCCUUUUCAACUGAUCCAGCACCCAAAGCUGUAGCCUCGAAAGAUGCUAUUGUCACGGGACCAGCACCAGGCACAUUUCAUCAUGGAUUACCAAGGAAUGUGGUGGGAGGUUUGCAUUCUGGCUCUCCUCACCAUUCCACACAGCUUCCUCAACCAGCCCUCGCCAAACACAUACAGCCUGGACAGACAGAUGGCGCCCACAUUCACGGAAAAGGUCCAGCAACCCCUCAGAGAAAGCUCUAACACACGACCAAAUAUGAAAUCUGUAUAAAGACUUGAAGCUUAUCUCUGGGAGAUUUUCUGCACUAAAUAUUAGGGAAGCGGAUGAGCAACCUGCUCUUUACAUUCCGACGCAAGCACGUGUCUUCUUCGCCCCACAGCCUGCUCAGUCUCAUACAAUGCAUUAUUGUGGAUUAGUGUUCAUUUGCAUGGGAACAAAAAAAAAAUAUUUCAUAACAUUUCCCCCUUCUUGUCUCAGGGGCAACUGUUUCCAUAACAUUUCUUCCUUUUUGCUCUCAGGGGCAACUGUUUCCAUAACAUUUCUACCCCUUUUUUUCUUUCUUAGUGAAUGUGCAGCGCUGGGGUCCUGAGUUCACUUCCAGCCAGGGUACUAUCAGUAAGGAGUUGGUAUUUUCUCUCCAUGUCGGAAUGGGUUUCCUCCCACACUCCAAACACAUACAGGCAGGGUAAUUGGCUCCAGAUAAAACAGGCCCUUGUAUGUGUGUGAAUGUGAUUUAGAUUGUAAGCUCUGUUGGGGCAGGGUCUGAUCUGAAUGUUGUAUACUCUUUGAAUGCACUGUGGAAAUGUGUCAUCGCUCUACAUAAUAAUAAGUUGAUGCUGCCACAUUGCAGGUGAUGCCAUAUUGCUUGUCCUAUUUAAAGGAUAAGUAAACCUUUAAAAUAAGUGAAUGUAAAUGUUAUUCUAAGCACUUUUGUCAUUUACAUUCAUUAUUUAUUUUUCUUUAAUUCCAAGAUAUUAAGGGAUACAUG